UGCCAGCUCUCCCCUUCCCCCGAAGCUUCGUGAAGAUUCCGGAAGGCUCCGGCCGGCUCUUUCCGCUGAGGGACGCUGAGGGAGCCGCCCCGUCCUCUGCCGCUGCCCGGCUUCCGGCUGCCGCCUCCCGCCCCGCCGGGCUCCCGUUCUGCCAAGUGGCGGGGUAGGAAGUGCCGCCGGCCGCUCCGUCGCCAUGUCGCUGCUGUGCUACAACCGGGGCUGCGCCCAGCGCUUCGACCCCGAAACCAACACGGAGGAUUCAUGCACAUAUCAUCCAGGUGUGCCAGUCUUUCAUGAUGCUCUCAAAGGUUGGUCAUGUUGUAAGAGAAGAACAACAGACUUUUCUGACUUCUUAAGCAUUGCGGGCUGUACAAAGGGUUUCCAUAACAGUGAGAAACCUCCUGAGCCUGUUAAACCGGAAGUCAAAACUACCUCUGAACGAAAGGAGCUCGCUGAACUGAAACCCAAAUUUCAGGAACACAUAAUUCAGGCACCAAAACCAUUGGAAACAAUUAAAAGGCCAAGCCCAGACGAGCCAAUGAUAAACUUACAGCUGAAAGUGUCGGCUUCCUUGAAGCAAGCACUAGAUAAACUGAAACUGUCAUCAGAAAAUGAAGAGAAAAAAGAGGAAGACAGCGAUGAAAUCAAGAUUGGGACUGCCUGUAAAAAUGCAGGCUGUUCUAAAACGUACGAAGGACCACACAGCACAGAAGAAGUAUGUAUAUACCAUUCUGGUGUACCUAUAUUCCAUGAAGGGAUGAAGUAUUGGAGCUGCUGUAAAAGAAAAACAUCUGACUUCAAUACAUUUUUAGCUCAAGAGGGCUGCACAACAGGAACACACGUAUGGACUAAAAAGGAUGCGGGUAAGAAGGUGGUUCCAUGCAGACAUGAUUGGCACCAAACUGGAGGAGAAGUGACUAUUUCUGUAUAUGCUAAAAACUCUGUUCCUGAGCUCAGCUACGUAGAAGCAAAUAGCACUAUGUUAAAUAUCCAUAUUGUAUUUGAAGGAGAAAAGGAAUUUCAUCGCAGUGUGAAAUUAUGGGGAGUAAUUGAUGUAAAGAGGAGUUAUGUGAACAUGACGGCUACAAAGAUUGAGCUCACUAUGAGAAAAGCGGAGCCCCUAUUAUGGGCAAGUCUUGAAUUACCCGUGUCCAACACAGAACAAAAAAAAGAGAGUUCAGAUCAAUAAUGAUUCCAAGAGACGAGUUAUUUCCCAUUAUGAAGUGGUGACUUGCUACUGUAAUCAAAUAUUUAACUUUUAUAUAGAUUAUUUUUUUUAAAUUCUAGAUCAUAUGUUCCAUUCUACAAAGAAAUUGGAUGCACAGUAAAUGGGGGUGUAAACCUGAAGGGUGAUAGCUAUUUCUGCUCUUGCUUCCAUAAGUAUUUUUAUUCUAGUUGGAGUGUCUCCAUGGAGAUUGAGAGUAAAGGAACUAUUGCCCUUUGCUUACAGCCUUACCUACUGUGCACUGACUGUCCAAAUAGAUUAAUUCCCAGUCCACUGUGGGUGUUAAUUUUUCAAGUGUUGGUUUUAGACUGGACCUAUGGGACAGCACAUGUUGAAUUCAGCACUGUUCAUUGUGAAGCAUACAGUAAUACAGGUACAAAAAUGGUGAGUUUAUGAAGCGAUUAACAUGCAAUUCUGCAUCUAGAAUUAAAAAGUACAUAAACAAAUAUGAAAGAACACUUGUGGAACACCUUUUGACUGUGAAGGGAUGGAAUAAACAGUAUUUUGCUAAGGAUUUCAGUACUUGCUGACUCUUUUGCUGCCUUUAAUGUAUAACAGCAGGAGAUCAGAUUAAAAUAAAACCAAAGUUGGCAAGACGGCUUUUUUUUUUUUUAACUCCUGUACUGUUGGUAUUUGGAUUGUUAUAUAUACGAGUGAGAAGUGGACAGUGAAAUGGCUGAGUAAUUUAGCAGCUCAGUGGUGGAUAAUAUACAAAUAGCAGAGUAUUGUAAAAUUACCAAGGUGCUGUAGAUAUUUGACAGUGUUUAGAAUGUAUAUUCUGUGCUAUUCUACAACAUUCAGAAUUAUUAAUCUCUUUUCAAAGUAGGUGCAUAUGUGCAGUAGAAGACAGUACACACUGUAGAUGUCUCAGGAAAAUUAUUUCCGUGCAUUGCUCUUGUUUGUGAGGAUGGUAAUCCAAGAAUUAAGAUUUGUCCUGUGGAUAAAAUUUAGGAGAAACAAACGACAAGCUUUAAAAUGUCUGUCUCAAAUCAUAAUUGUACCUUUGAAUUGAACUACUUUUAAAAAUAUUAUUUCUUUUGAACAGCAUAAGCAAAACGCUGCAGUUAGAAAUCAAGACCUUGUUUUUGUUUUCAGUUCUCUAUCAGUAAAGAUUUGUGGCUGAAAACAGGAUAGUUUUAAAGAUGAGACUUACCCAAGCAGUAACUGGUGCAGUAAUGUUGUUUUCUUUUUCUGCUUGACAUAGUUCCUUAAUUUUGGGUUGCAGCUGGAAGAAAAAUGAUGUUUUCAUGUAUAAGUCAGGUAAAAUGUACACCAUUAUUUAUUGUGCCAAAACUUACAUAAGGAAACAAGCAGUCCUAUGGACUGUUGAAAUGUGUGAACGCUCAUCUGCUUCCCUUGGCAGACCUGGAAUAAUACCAGGAGAAACACAGAGCGAAGUAAAGGCUUUAAAUGUGGGUUUCUAAGAGUUUUACUGUUUUCCAACAGGUAUAAUUUGACUUGAGCUCAGAGUUCUGUCCCUAGCAGUACUUGAAAUCCUACUUCAUGCUUAAAGUAGUAGGAAAUACAUUACCAAAGACACCAUCCCUAAACACCAAGAAAAUAACUACAGUGCUGUGAAUACGACAUUUUUUUUGGUGCUUCUUUUCCUGUUUCUUUAUUGACUUGGAGGGAGUAUGGUUGCUUAUUCCUUGGGCUGCUAUUAAAUGUUCCAGCUCUAAGUUCUGCCUUAGAGAUUCUAUUUACUGCUAAAAAAAACAAGAAAUUGAAGAUGGCAAGUACGAUGAAGUGAUAGGGUACAAGCUUGCAAAAAACCACAUGCCUGCAAUUGGUCCUCUAAAAAUCAUACACGCGUUCCCUGGUCUGUUCUGAAGCAAAAAGUGGAGCUCUUGCCAGUAUAAUACUGAGAGCAAUCACUUCAGUGAAUGAAAAUCUCGGUCUCGCAGUACCUGGUCAGUGCCAUCUGUGGUUCUGUGUGCGGAACUCUGAGCUUGGACAGCAAAAUGAGCCAUGUUUAAAAGCCAGGAUAAACUUCUUAUUUAACAAGCAAGUUCAGACGUGCUUAUCCAUAUGGAUAUAUAAAAACCCUGGAUAUCUCAUGUUUUCCACUUUUUUUUAAUAUAUUUUCAGUUUAUCUACAUCCCCCUGCAGUAGGUUUACAUCAUGUAAAAUCUAUUUUAAAGAACUAUGAGGGCAGUGGAAUUUCUUGGGAAAAUUUGUGUUUUUAAGCAAGUUAUCUGCUACCUUAGAAUACUAAAUGCUAAAUGGAGAAAAAUGUGGAUGAAUGGACGUUCUGCUGUUACUGGUGGAGGCUUUGGGACCCCGUAGCUGUUUUUUUAGAGUAUGUUCUGCUGGCAGCUGGGUCGGUGUCAUCGUAAGUGAAAGAAACCUCCUGCAAACAUAGUCCUCAGCUUUGCUUUUGCUCUUUAUUCAUUCUUCCUACUCUUUUACUGUUGUUCAUACCUUCAGCAGAAAAUUAUAGAUACCUCAGGAGUUCCAUAAUGACUUUGCCCAUCUAUGACAAUAAAACCAAGUUUAAAAUUCACCUGUUUAAAAAAGUAAGCAAACAGAGAAACCCAAGCUUUGAUAGGCAAGAAGCUAUGGGUUUUACAAAUAACAGCCUAGUUCUCCAUAGCCUGUGAUGUUUUUCAAAACAAAACUAUAAACUUUCAAAUUGCAUAGACUACCAUGAGUCUCUUGUUUAAUUGCAUUAAUUUGUAGCAGCCUUUUAUAACCAGAUUUCUGCAUCUGUGAUCAGCCUGCAAAAGCUUUAUAUCUCUGACUGAAUCUGGGUGUUUUGAUCGGUUGCUUAGAUCAGUCUUCAACACGCUGGUGUUUGAUCCUGAUUAUUUGAUGAAAUGACAUCUUGACGUGGGUAGUGGUAGCUGACACUCAGUGGAAUAUUGGUGUGGCUGGACCUUUUAUUAGUAAAUGUGAAGGGAAGGUGAAACCAUCUGUAAUAUACCAGACCAAUGACAAUACUUGCUCAAAAGCAACAUCUGAGAAGCAAGCUAAGUGAUUUUUUGAUCCUACAGGCUUUCACCAGUCUAAUAAUAGUGAAACUGAAUUGCAAACAGGUAUGUACUCGAAUACUUGCAGUUAAACUUAACCUUUUUUUAAUGUUCUCAGAAGUUGUGCUGUAUUUAACAAGUUGAUUAACUUGCUACAGUCUAGCUAUGUUUUUAUAAUUAUUGAUACUUUAGAAGCCAUAGUGUGUUUCAGUAUGGGUUUACAUGUUUCACAUGUUGACAGCAUGUUACAUGUCUCAGAACUGACUGGCCGGGUGCAUCUAAAACUUUUCCCUUACAAUCCCAUUUUAAUAUGAAAUAUUGUAUGAGUAUACAAAUUUGUGACAGAAAUUUUUAUCUUCUCCCUCAUGUAUAAGCUCGUGUUCCUGCCUGGCAUUAUACAUCAUCUGUAACAACAUUGGGAGGAGCUGGAAUUUAAUGUUAAUACACUGUUAAGCACUGGGCUGUUCAGCUACCCCGACUCUUAACGUUUUUCAUGGCACUGAUGUAACUUGAGAAAAAAAAUCUUCCAUUGGAUGAUGUUCUGUAACAUGUACAUUAUCAAGUCACCAUUUCAGUAGUUUAGGGACUAGUUUUAAUAGGAAUUUUGCCUUGGAAAAAAAUAAAAACGUAACAAUGCAUCCUUUGCUUGCAUUCUUUAAACAUGGCAUGAGUACUGUUUAAAUACUGUACCUGUUAAUCAUUGGACUUUCCCAAUUGCCACUAUUUUUUUUUAAUCUCCAUUCAGGAAUGAGAUACUUUUUCAGGUAAUGAGUUACGUGUCUGGAACACUGUAUUAAGAUGGUAUUAAUUUUCCCAUUAUGAGAGUCUUGAAUUAAAGUUGGGGAGAUGUCUUUUUGCAUGGUUAUUUGAUUCUGCACAUUCAUAAAACUUACAUAUGCAGGAAUUAAUCUCAUGACUUCAUGCUCUAGGUUUUUUUUCUUCUAAAUGUAUUCAAUAAAAUUCUUAUUACA